AUGUUGCCGACGGUUCCAGAGCUUGUGGCUCAUUUUCUGAGGUCAAAUGGAUACAAAGAGACAUUGGCUGCCUUUAUCGAUGAGGCAGGGCUUCCCGUUGAUACGGGAAGCGGCAAUCUCAAGAUCACCAUUGAGCAGAUAUUGCAAGAGAAAAAGACCUUUGACACGAGUUUGAAUUUCGAAAAAUUAGGUUUGGAAGACAAAGAUCGUGGGUGGCGAAGCAUCGCAGCAACAACGGCAGAUCGGCGCUUACACCUGAUCGACCCCGGCUCUUCUCCGCACAGCGUGGUCCAGUCAUACUCUACAUUCCAAGACUCACCUAUAUUAGACCUUGCAGUCAUUCGAGGUAGGUAUGUGCUGGCGGCCUCUAUGUCAGGUAAACUGCUACUUUUCGACACGAAGACCGAGCAAGUCCUGGAUCAGAGGAAAGACCACGGAAAAUACGUCGUUAAACUAGCUACAUGGCCCACAGAAUCCUAUACCAUUGUGGCUACCGCGGGGUGGGACGCUAAAAUCUUCCUAUACAGUAUCAGUACCGACCGUGCGGCACUUCAACUUGGGGAGCCCAUCGCAACGAUGUCACUUCCGACCGUCCCCGAAACACUUCUAUUCAUUCGAUCUCCUGAAACUUCGCGUCCUAUACUGCUUCUCACUCGCAGGGAUUCUACGUUCCUCCACUACUACGCCAUUACACCGGUAGGGCAAGGGUCCGCUAUCUCGCUUCUUGGAAAGCAAAACCUGGCUCCACAUUCCAAUUCGUGGGUUGCAUUUACACCGGUCGAUGUGCAAGUCAAUCCUGUCGAUGCUUCGGUUGUUGCAGUUGCAACCUCCUCGACUCCACAUAUGAAACUGCUGAUAGCAAAGUUGCUUCUACCUCCCGAAGAAGUGGCCACGGCGGACAGAACCGAGCAAGUGCUCGUAGAGCCGGUAACACAAGCUUCACAAGCUCGUGCUAAUCUUCUCCUUCAGGAAAAAGAAGAAGCGGCCAUCAUGGUCAACGUGACUACCAUGGCUCCACAAACAGCCUAUUCCACGCCACGACUAGUCUGGCGGCCUGACGGCUCCGGCAUCUACGUUAGUUCGGACGACGGUAUUGUGCGCGGAUUCGAAGCGAACACGGGUCAAUUGAGGGCAUCUCUGGACGCUCACGAGCCUGGUUCGAAGAUCCGAUGUCUCUGUGCCGGGCAGGCCAAGUUUGCUGCUGGUGACACUCAGGAAGAGGAGUUUCUAUUGACCGGCGGUUUUGAUCAGAAGCUGGUCCUCUGGAGGACUGAUUGA